CUGUCCUCCGAGGAUGCAUGUUUGGGUGGAUGUAGAAAAGGCUCUGCCAAAUUUUUGAAAUCAAAUGCACAAGGCGGUUGCCAAGAUUGGUGUUCCAGUGCUCAUCCGAAUGACAAAACGUUGGCUGAUGCUUGUCUGGUCGGAUGCAAUGCGUACACACCAAAAGAAGAGAACGUCAGCAGCAGCGACAAUAACAGCACAACCCAAUACGGCUGGCUAGAUCACUUCAAGCAUUUGGCCGAUAUAACCCGUGGCUUCUUCCGCAGAGUGAUGCGCCGCAUGGGCAUGCCUUGUGAUGGAGACUGCCAACCUGUUUACAGCGCUGGACUCAAAUCGACCACAUUGCCAUCAGCUGACGAGGAUCCAUUGAAGACUGCCGUUCCUACUGGUCAACAACCGUGA